GACGCGGAGACUUUUAUUUUGAAAAAGUGACUUUUAUGUUGAAGGCCGCUUUUUUACGCACACACGGGCUCUGUUGUAGAUCCGGUCUGGUGAGGCUCUCGUGAACUUUCACCUGCGUGCUGCGUUCAUCUAACAUCACCUGAGCCGCGGACAUGAGCGCGAUUCUGCCCCGGAUCGAGCAGCUGUCAGCCCGGGUGGUUCGGGUCCUGGGCUGCAACCCGGGACCGAUGACUCUGCAGGGAACCAACACGUACCUGGUGGGCACCGGGCCAAGACGGGUGCUUAUAGACACUGGGGAACCUGCUGUGCCUGAAUAUAUCAGCAGCCUGAAGCAGGCGCUGAACCAGUUCAACACCAGCAUCCAGGAGAUCAUCGUCACACACUGGCAUCACGACCACACGGGCGGAGUGGAGGAUGUCUGCAGGGACGUCACUGGUUCUGAGGUCCGAGUCAGCAAACUUCCUCGCUCCAGUCGAGUCCACGAAACAGCCGGGACCAGGAGCUACACUUACCUGAAAGAUGGAGACGUCAUCCAGACAGAAGGAGCCACACUCAAAGUGCUUUUCACGCCGGGCCACACUGACGACCACAUGGCCUUGCUGCUGGAGGAGGAGCAGGCGCUCUUCUCCGGAGACUGCAUCCUGGGCGAGGGCACGGCCGUGUUUGAGGACCUCUACGACUACAUGAAGUCCCUGAAUGUCCUGCUGGACUCUCGAGCUGAACUCAUCUACCCCGGUCACGGCCCUGUGGUUCAGGAUGCUGGCUCCAAGAUCAGACACUACAUCAGCCACCGGGACCAGCGAGAACAACAGAUCCUGGCAGCUAUUCAGGAUGGAGCAGGAAAGCCUUUCUCCUCCAUGGAGCUUGUCAAGAUCGUCUAUAAGGACACUCCUGAAUACCUGCACCAAGCAGCUAAUGUGAACCUGGUUCAUCAUCUAAAGAAACUGGAGAAAGAAGGCAGAAUCAGUGUGGUGAACGAAUCUUCUCAGAGCAGCAAAUGGAAGAGCAAUCUGUGAUGUCCAUCCACACUGAGGUCAAAUGGACUCAAACUGAAGAGCAGAAAUCAUUUUGGUCAUUAGCUCGUGAUUUUUAAACACCAAAUGAUCGUCUUUCAGAAUGAUGUGUUUGGUUGACAGGACAGACCUGUUGCCUCGGAUGCUUUCAGAGCUCGCUGCUGAACACAAACAUCACCAGAUGAGCUGCAGGUUGAGUCAAAGUUUAAAAAGGCUAAAAUUUACACUGAGGGUCGGAUGAAUACAGAUUUAGCUCCAUCAUGUCGUCUGAUCAAAGUGCCACAGGCUCUUAAACAGUUUGAUGAGUUAAAAUUGAUAUUUUAUCAGUGGAGUUUGGUACACAGGACUGUUUGUUCCUUGUUUUUUCUCUCUUUUGAGUCUAUCUUCUGUUUACAACUACUGCAAGACAUUGUUGACUAAUAUAAAAAGUCCCUUAACCUCAUCAAAAAAGUAUUGUAAGAAAUGGUGGCUGCUCACAUGCAGUCUUUCAAGCUUCCUUUAUGACAGGCUGCAUGCAAACCCGGUCAUGCUUAGUAGUUCAUACAGUAUAUGCAACAUCUACUGUCCUGCAUAUCACUGAGUUGGGCUAUUUAUGAAGCCAUAAGGGUCCCAAAACAUUUGUUCUUGAAUUAUUGCUCCUAACUGGUGUAUGUUUGCUGGAUUUCAGGACAGGUUUCACACCCGUACCAAGAAUUUCUCUGCUCAGCUGGGUGUCGGUUCAGUAGCAUUAACCCUUAUCAGAGUGGAUGUUGAAACAAGCUGAUGUGUUUCUAUCAAGACCAUCAUUAGGAUGGUUUUUUCAGCUGUUGUAUCAUUUCUUCAGUCUUGAUAAUUACACACUCUGCUGCACUCAUUCUGUUAGUCACUAGGGGGCAGCGUCUCCUAACUAUUUGAUUUCAAGUUAACCUGAACAGUCAAUUAUAUUUUGUAGUUAUACUGCAAAAAAAUGGGAGAAAUGUUCUAUUUUGUCUGAAACUUGUGACCAAUAAUGAAUAUAAAUGUGUGUUGGCAAAGAUUGUUUCUAAUAAUAAAUGAUAAGAUGCUACUGUGA